CCGCCGCCCGGGACCACCUGGUGCCCCGAGCCGUCGGGACUCCAGCCUGGGCUUUCGACAGCUGGCGAGGCGGGCCGGAGGCGCGGAGCUCGGCGCUCGCCACCAUGGGCAGCGCGGGCGCGGAGGACAAGGGCAAAGAAGCAAUAGAAGUGAAAAUCCCACAGAGCCACCAGGAUGUGAUGCCCAAUGAUGAGCAGUAAUUACUGCAGCAACACUUCAGCCAGCAUGAGUGUCAACGAAAUGUCUGCCUUCCCUCUGACUUUAGAGCAAAAAACUGGCUUUGCCUUUGUGGGGAUUUUGUGUGUUUUCUUGGGACUUCUAAUUAUCAGAUGCUUCAAAAUUUUGCUAGACCCCUACAGCAGUAUGCCUUCUUCCACGUGGGAAGAUGAAGUUGAGGGGUUGGAUAAAGGAACAUUUGAAUAUGCUCUUGCAUGAGAACUCACAGAAUAUCCUGCCUUAAAUUUGAUGUUGAUUUCAUUUUGGAAACCAACUGUUGUAUUUGUUAUACAUACCUGCAUUUUGGAGAUACGUUGGUGGCAUCCAUUUUCUUAAAUAAAUAUUUGUUGCAAAAUCAAAAGGUACUUCAUGUUGCUUUCAUUUGAUGAACAGUGAAAUGCUAGAUAAGAAAAAGCUAUCAGCAAACACACACAAAAAGUCACUAGAAAGUUACCAUGGCCAGUAUUUUAAGGAUGAGAUGACACCUGGCUCUUCAGAGGAGGAUCUCAUGUCUACUGUGUGUCAUGAUAGGCUGAAGAAAAAGGCUCAUGAAUGGUGAUUGUUUAAGUGGUAGCCCCCUGCCCUCCUCAUUGUACUUGUGUACAGUGUCUGUACACAGUGUCUGUACUUGUACACUGACAAUACAGAGCUGGAGGACAACAAAUGGUUGUGGCUUAGAGGAGGUGCAGGAGGUGUGU